CGUGGCGGAUGUCCACUUCUUUUCGUGGGAUGUUGUCUGUCUCUCCGCCGGCGCACACACUCACGCGCGCACACACACACACACACACAGACACGCGCGGCUGCUUCCAUCCAUGCAGUUCAGCUCAUUGUACACUCAACUCGGGCCGUUGUCAUCAAUUAAGUGUGAAUUACGGCGAUUUGAGUUUCCAAGUUAUCUUCCAGCGCCUCGAGAAGGGACUAUAGCGCCGGGAUUACGGCGAGGAUAAGUUGUGGGCGAGAACAACACGACCCCCCCCAAGAGAAACGCAGCCAUGCCGUCGGUGAUGGAGCGAUCUGGGACCGGGGUCCUCUCCAGGAGCCGAGCCAAGACGGUAACCAACGGCAACAGCAUGCAGCACUCCGAGGAGGACAGCAGCGAUGAGGAGCACGCCCAUGACAGUAUGAUCCGCGUGGGGGGCGACUAUCAGGCCCAGAUCCCAGAGUUCAACCCAGACAGUCCAAACCGCUACAACGAGAAGGACAAGAGGAGCAUGCUGGUCUGGUGUCCGAACACUCACGUCACAGAUGCCAUGCUGGAUGAGUACAUACUGAUGGCUAAGGAGAAGCAUGGUUACAACAUGGAGCAGGCCCUAGGCAUGCUGCUGUGGCACAAGCAUGACGUGGAGCGCUCACUGGCCGACCUGGCCAACUUCACGCCUUUCCCCGAGGAGUGGACGGUGGAGGACAAGGUGCUGUUCGAGCAGGCCUUCAGCUUCCACGGGAAGAGCUUCCACCGCAUCCAGCAGAUGCUUCCAGACAAGCUGAUCUCCAGCCUGGUGAAGUACUACUACUGCUGGAAGAAGACACGCAGCCGGACGUCAGUGAUGGACCGGCAGGCCCGACGGCUGGUCCACAAGAGGGAGAAGGAGGACAGGCUCAGCAAUGACGAGGUGGAGGAGGCAGACCCGGGCAGCGACAGCGACUUUGAGAUCGACGCUAAGAAGGAGUCGGUGAAGCAGGCCCCUGGGGGCCCCGGGAACGCGGGCGGCAGCGGCGGCCCCGUGGCGGACAAGGCCCCGCCGGGCCGGGCCGGCCCCAUCAAGAAGGAGAGCGUGGGGGCACAGUACCGGCACCACCCACUGCGCGCGCGCCGCCGGCCCCCCAAGGGCAUGCACCUGGACCAGGGCGACAUCAUGGCGGUGUCCACCUCCAGCGACGCCGGGGUGCUGUCGGUGCGCCAGCUGGACACCCGCCUGGUGUCCCUCAAGAGACAGGUCCAGAGCAUUAAGCAGAACAACAGCAGCAUGAAGCACGGCCUCAAUGAAGGGAUAGGCACCUUCCGGCCUAGCGAGCCCGCCCCGAAGAUGAACUCUCGCUGGACCACAGAGGAACAGCUCCUGGCUGUACAGGCCAUCCGUCGCUAUGGAAAGGACUUCAUGGCGAUAGCCGAGGUGAUCGGGAACAAGACGACCUCCCAGGUGAGCUCGUUCUUCGUCAGCUCCCGGCGCCGCUUCAACCUGGACGAGGUGCUGCGGGAGUGGGCGGCCGAGCAGGUGGCCUCCAGCCGCGACCAGAGGGAGCCCCGCCCCCAGGACCCCGCGCCCCCCGGGGAGGACGAGGUGAAGCAGGAGGACUCGCCCCCGGACUCUGCGGGCGCUGGCUCCUCCCCCUCGGCCCAGACGCCCCCCUCCCUCUCCCAGCCCCCCCCGCUGCUGCGCCCGGCCCCGCCCUCCGCCCCGCCCAGCCUGCUCCGCCAGCCCCCCCCCCUCCAGACGCGGCCCGUGCAGAACCGCCCCCCCCACAACCACCCCCCGCCCCCCCUCAUCCGACCGGCCGUCAGCUCCGCCUCCCCCGGCGCCCCCCCCGCUGCCACCGCCGGGGGGGGUCAGGGGGGGCCAGGGGGCGGGGCCAGAGGCUCCUCCCCCCCGGGCUCCGCCUCCGGACCCCCGUCGGCCGCCAAUCAGACCCCCCCCUCGCUGGUGGGGAUCAAAGUGGAGCAGGCCAGCCCCCACUGAUGGAGAGACCGCCACACACACACACACACACACACACACACACACACUGUCAACCUCAAUACACACAUUGGCAACACACGCACAUUAGUUGAUAACAACCGAAAGGGACUGAGCACAUGCAUAUGAUUCAAGAACACACACACACAACACUACUGCCCCUUACUGUUUGACUGUUACUGUACUAGCAAAGGCCUACCUCCAGUCUGCACACACACACACACACAUGUAUCCGGUUACGCACUUAUACACACACAGACCCACACACACACAUCCGCACACACACUUGUGCACUUAUCCACACACAUGCACACAUAUCCACACACACACACACACACACAAAAUGGAAAAACAAGAGACUUAACGAGAACCGACUACCUGUAAAGCCCCCCCCCCCCCCCGCCUCACUGCUCUGAAGAUGCACUGGAUCGCUGUGAGAGGAACGCCAUGACAACGGACCCCUCUCCCUCCCAGGAGCUCACCUCCCCCUCCUCCUCACCCUCCCUCCCGCUGCUUGUCGCCAUGGUAACUGCUGAACAUUUCCAACAGGAAGAAGUGUGCGUGUGUGUGUGUGUGUGUGUGUGUGUGUGUGUUUUGGGGGGGGGGGAGCCCCCACAGAGAGACAGUAGAAGUUCCACCUGGCAGGUGUCAGGUUAGCAUCCCCCCCCCCCCCCCCCCCUCACACCCAACCUUCCAGGAAGAACUGGGAGAAACCAACUGGAACAAGAUAAGGGAAUGAUGAAAUGAUGUCCCCUACUCUGAUCUCACACACACACACACACACACACACACACACACACACACACACACACACACACACACUGCGGUGACCCUGUAUUAUUAUUUUUGUACUUAGAACAUGGCGAGUUCCAACAUGGCCUCCUCCCCCUCCCCCCUCCUCCUCCUCCCUCUCCCCCCCCCUCCUCCUCCCCCUCCCCCUCCUCCCUAGCUCAGCUGGAGGUCCACCUGCUCCUGCUGUGACCCCGGAGCGAGACUCCCACAAUGCACCUCCCCUGCUCCCCACUUCCUCCUCCACCCCCCCUCUCCUUGGUCUUUCGCUCUGGUUCAGCAGGUGAACCCUAGGUUAGUUUAGCGAUAGCUAGUGUGUCACUGUCCCCCCCCCCCCCCCCCCCCCCCGACCAGCGUGAGAUGAGCCCGCUGUCACCGCCGUCUAAGGCCCUGCAUAUCAUCAGCCCGCUGCUAUUUAUACCCCAGGUACGACAGCGCAGACACAACCGGCGUCCCCGGCGGGGAGACCGACCCACCGGAGGUCUCGACAAACACACGUUGGGCACGCGACGACGGGCAACGUUUUGUUUUGGAACCACGUUUAGUUCCCUUUACACUUUGGUUGUAAAAACUAGAACGGUAAUUCAAGCCCUGUUUUGUUUCGUAAGCUUUCCAAGUUCAUGUUCGUGUCGUUAAAGUUUUCCUUUCACCCUGAGCCGCGUCGGCCGGCUGGUUUGAGCGUGUUGACGUAACCCCCGGCCCGCUUCACCAGCCUUGUUUUGUGGGUUUAAGUAUCCGAUAGUAGCUCCUCCUCCCUUCUUCUACUUUGCCGGUGACACAGCGGCCAUUUUGUCCCCAUUGGACGCGUCUUCCCCGUGAGUUAGUGUGGCUUUAAACGUGGCUUUCCCGCUUUUUUUGAUCGUGCUUUUUUGAGAAGUGAUUGCUUUGUUACGUCGUUGAUUUCUUCCUUCCAGAAUGUACUUAAUGGUGUUACCGUAUGUGAGAAGGUGUUUAUAUUGUGGAAUCAUGAACUGCUUGUGUUAUUUUGUUUUUUUUAGAAUAAAGAAAUGACCAAAAAAAUUAUUA